ACCUUAACACAAAAUUCUUGCUUGAGAUGCAGAGAAUACACUUUCAUGAAUUUGGUGACUGGUUUGCCAAUACGAAGUUUUAAAAUCCAGUAGGCUUUUCUUCUCGACAACUCUUUUUCCAUUUUCGAUUCCAAAUAAACCUGUGUGGCCUGUUUCAAGGGGAAAUAUGUAGAAACUCAAUCCUUUGUCAGCUUUUUUUUUUAGCCCAAGACUUGCACUGAGGAACACAACAGUAAUGAUUAAAAGUCAUGAUUAUAUGUAUCUGAUAAAAUUUUAUAAUUUUAGACUUAUAAUUAUACUAGAAACUAGUUUCAUAAUUUCCAGCCAGCAGCCAGAUCAUAACAUAACCUGUGGUGCAAACAGCCUACGUCAAGGCGAAAAACGCCAUGAUGCUACGUCACAACUGCUUUUUUGGCUAGGCGGGGUAGGGGGGAUUUGUUACACACAGGCCUUAUGAGGAUAAGCCAUCCUUAGUAGUAUGUAUCAUCCUUGGCCGAUAAGCACUUCUUAGAGUGUAUAUUCUCCUUGGAUAAGCACUCCCUAGAGUGUGUUUGUUUAUUAAAAUUUCGGGCACUUUGAUACAGCGUUCAACUGCUCUGUUCGCUCGCUGGUCAUGUCCUUGCGUUCGGUAUUUUCACGUUCUGCUCUUUGAACAAAAUACCGAACGCAAGGUGACUGUUCAAUCUGAACGCGCCUCAUGCAAAGAUGACUGACUUCAAUGUUUGUUUUUGUUAUUGUUUAUUUAUAUGAAGAAGUCCCCCCAAAAGCCUUGAUUAAAGUCCAGAGUCAAAUCAUAAACAAAACAGAAAAUCUAAUCUAAAUCAUGCCUGUCCUCAAAUACUACUACGAUUUAUUGUCCCAACCGUCCAGGGCACUAUACAUAUUCCUCAAACUCACCCAAAUCCCGUUCGAAGCGAAACCGGUAAGUCUGAGAAAGGGCGAACACAGAAGCGACGAAUUCAAAGAGCAACUCAACAGAUUCCAAAAAGUACCUUUCAUCCAUCACGGCGAUUUUAAAUUGGCUGAAAGUACCGCCAUUUUGGGCUACUUGUCCAGGGAAUUCAGGCAUUUGAUCGACGAUCAUUGGUAUCCGGAAAAUAGCCAGGCUCGAGCUAAAGUGGACGAGUAUUUAGGGUGGCACCCGCUCAAUACCAGAAUGAAGUGCGCUUUGUAUUUUUGGCACAAAUGGCUGAUUCCAAUAAUGACUGAAAGUGAGCCCAAUGAAAGAAAAGUUGCUGCCCAAGAGAGUGAAAUGGUCACUUGUCUAGACGAAAUCGAAACCCUUUGGCUAUCGCAAGGCCACAAAUAUUUGACUGGCGACCAAAUAUCCGUUGCCGAUAUUUUUGCAGCCUGCGAAAUGGAACAACCGAGAAUCGCUGGUUAUGAUGUCACUGAGGGCAGGCCACUGAUCAAAACUUGGUUUGAGAGAGUCAAGCAGGACUGCCAUCCGUUUUACAAUGAGGCCCAUGCUAUUGUUGAUAAGAUUGCUUCCAAAACUAAAGCUAAAUUGUAAAACUUUUGGUUCUAAUUUUUGUACUUGUUUUAUUUGGGUUACUAAACUAGAAGUUUUCUUUGAUUUUUGGAUAAUGGGUAAAAUAUGAUUUAUACUACUACUACUAUAUUGUUUCUUGUUUAGAUGUUAUUUUAGUUAUCCUUGUUAUGAGUGAUUUCAAACACUAAUUGAAAAAUUUGGUUUUUGAAUUUUUUUUAAUUAUUAAAAUAUGAAAUAUGUAUAGGCAAAUAUGUAACAUUGAAUUUAUAUUAAAAAAAAAAACAUAAGUACCUAAUUGUUGAAUUGUUCUUUUAAUCUGCUAAGUCCAAUUGAUUAAAAUACCUAGCUAUAAUGCAAAUGUACAAAUUCAGAGGGACAGCUACACUUGCGUCAAUGUCAUCUUUUAGAUCGGCCCGAAUACUGGCACACUUCUUAGCAAAUUCCCUCAGCUUGAAACAACAAUCAGGUGUCAGAGGUUUUUCCAAAAGAAUCAAUAUACCAUAAAUCCAGGUGCCUAGAUUUUCAGAUAUUCCAGUGGUAGAAUCAAAUUUAUCCAGAUGGCUGGUGAUUUCGUGUAGCAUGUUUAUCUUAGAAGCUUGAGUGUAUCGAGUGAUAUCUGAGAAUACUGGAGGUGAAUUUUCGACUUUUUUAAUGCAAAGGUUUGUUACGUUUUCAUAUGGAAGAUCUUUGGAUGAGUUUUUUAUUAGGUUUCUAAGUUGAGUGAAGUCUUUGAUUGCAUUGUCUAGCCAUUCUUUUGUGGGAAUGAAUUUGUCUAGUGGUUUGUGCACAUCGGAACUCUAGAAUAAAAUGAAUGUAUGAUAGACACCUAAAAUAAUCAUGUUUGGCAAUUUUCCACUGUAUCAUUCUAAAAUAACAUUGAUACACAUUUUGCCUCACAACUUUCUUAAAUUUUAAUCCAAUUUCAACACAAUUUGGCUCGAAUCAAAUUCUCCACAAAUCUCGUUAACAAUUUCAAUACAGCUUCAACGUUCAACAUCAUAAUAAGUAAAAAAUCUCACUUUGUCUAAAUGUAUGGUCCGAUUUUUAUCAAAUUUACUAAAAUCUCCAUUUGCCACAACCAAAGUCUUGCACUUUUUAGUUCUCUCGUAAAUCACAUGCUGAAGAUAUUCUUCCCCUAAAAAUAUUAUGGAUUUUUUAAAAACAUUCACAGACUCGGUUUUCUGAGUGCAUUGAUAAUUGAUACCAGAACACCCAAAGUGUGAGAUUGUAUAAGAAGGGCCAACAAAAUUUCAAAUAUAUACCUGUUUGUGGAAUUGAAUUUGGAUCGAAAUCGUGAGGCAUUUGUACGUCCAAUGCCUUCCUUUGACUUACGGUUUCUUCGUCGCUACUUUCUGUAUCCAUAAAAUCCAUUAUCAAUUUGUUAAAUGAAAAAAAUUGAAUAGAUUGUUAUCAAUCAAACAAACUCAAACCAAACAAAAUG